CUGCGCGGUGACGGUGCGGGCGACACCGCCGGCAGGCACCCCGACCUGCCCAUAACCCCCGAGCAGAUCGCGACGGCCGCGCUGGAGGCGGCUGAGGCGGGCGCGGCGAUCGUGCACAUCCACGUGCGCGACCCAGCCACCGGCAAGGGCUCCCGCGAUGUGGAGCUGUACCGCCGGGCAUUGGAGUUGGUGCGGGCCGCCAACACCGACGUGAUCAUCAACACGACUGCGGGCAUGGGCGGCGACCUGCUGAUCGGCGACCCCGACCCCUUCGACUUCCAGCCCGAGGGGACCGACCUGGUCAACGGCCUGGAGCGCCUCGCCCACGUGGAGGCCCUCAAACCCGACAUGUGCAGCAUCGACUGCGGCACGCUGAACUUCGGCGAGGGCCACCAGGUGUAUGUGAGCACCCCGAACAUGGUCCGCGACAUGGCCAAGCGGGUGCGGGAGCUCGGAGUCAAGCCCGAGCUGGAGAUCUUCGACACCGGCCACCUGUGGCUGGCCAACACGCUGGUGGACGAGGGCCUGGUCGACGACCCGCCUGGAUCCAGCUGUUCUGACGGACUGACGACAAGGGAAGGCAAUGGGCAACGAUCACGCGAUAAGCGCCUGCCGCGGCUUACGACGCCGAUGGUGCGCGACGGCGGGCGGCUGCGGCCCGCCACCUGGGACGAGGCGCUGGACCGGGCCGCCGACGGCUUCCGGGCGGUGCUCGACCGCCACGGGCCCGACGGCUUUGGCAUGUUCAGCUGCUCGAAGGCCACCAACGAGAUGAACUACGCGGCCCAGAAGUUCAUCCGCACGGUGAUCGGGUCGAACAACAUCGACUCCUGCAACCGAACUUGA